AUGGGUAGUAUUCUGGAUAAUAAAGCCCGCGCUGAGGUAGAGCAGCGAUAUGAGUCGGAGCGUACCAAACAGUUCCAGGGCCGCGACGUGGCCAAUGUCGAGAUCACAACCAGUGACAAGUUCAAGGCGUUUGGGCGUGACCCAUGGGUAGAUGACCAAACCGCUCAUGCCCACGAGUCCACCCUUCUUCAAGUCAAACAUCACCGUGUCCUUGUCCUCGGGGCAGGAUUUGGCGGCCUCCUCUUUGCCGUGAAGCUCAUCCAAUCUGGCGUCUAUACGGCCAACGAUAUCGUUCUUCUGGACACCGCGGGAGGGUUCGGAGGCACGUGGUACUGGAAUCGAUAUCCCGGCUUGAUGUGCGAUAUUGAAAGUUACAUCUAUAUGCCUUUACUAGAGGAGACGGGGUAUAUGCCGCGCGAGAAGUAUGUUUCCGGCAACGAGCUCCGCCAGUACGCAGAGCUUAUCGCCCGCAAAUGGGGCCUGGCGGACAGGGCGAUUUUCCGGACAACGCUGAAAUCACUCCAGUGGGAUGACCAACAGCACCUGUGGACAGCAAGAGCGUCUCAGGAUGAUUCUACCGACAAGCCCGCUCCUAUCGAGCUAACUGCUGAUAUGGUAAUGCUCGCCUCGGGUACCUUUGCCGGUCCCAAAAUGCCGGACUUCCCUAACAUCGCGCGCUUCAAAAACCCGAUGUUCCAUACCUCUCGCUGGGAUUAUGCAUGCACUGGCGGAACGCCCGAGAAUCCCGAACUAGUCAACCUGCGCGACAAGCGUGUCGGGCUCAUUGGCACCGGGGCGACAGCCAUCCAAGCCGUGCCUCAGCUCUCGCGAUGGGCAAAGGAACUUGUCGUCUUCCAGCGCACGCCGUCGUCCGUCGACCAGCGAGACAAUCGCCCCACCGAUCCGAUAUGGUGGGAGAAGGAGAUUCUGUCCCAAGGUCCUGGCUGGCAGCGCCACCGCAUGGAGAAUUUCAAUGCGUUCACCUGCAACGACCCUGUCGUCCCGGAUACAAACAUGGUCGGCGAUGGCUGGACCAACAUGCAAUCGUUCAGCGUCUUGACCGGCGGGAAACGCAGCUUGGAUCCGGGCUAUCUGGAGGAGAUGAGCGCGCACGACGUCAAUCGCCAGGAGCGAAUCCGCGCCCGCGUCGCGCAGACCGUCCAAGAUCCCGCGCUGGCCGAGAGCUUGAAGCCCUGGUAUCCAGGCUGGUGCAAGCGCCCCUGCUUCCACGACGAGUACCUACAGGCGUUUAACAAACCGAAUGUCAAGCUGGUGGAUAUCCGGGGUCGACGCAUUGAGGAGUUUACUGAAAGAGGGAUUGUCGUCGACGGCACGGAGCAUGAAUUCGAUGUGAUCAUCCUCUCCACGGGGUACACCACCACUCGUGUGGACCCAGCGUCCCGGGGCGACAUCUCCAUCAUCGGUCGAAACGGAACCUCCCUGGCCGACAAAUGGCAUAAGCGACUGGCGACGCUGCAUGGGGUUGUCACUCGUGACUUUCCGAAUCUCUUCUUUCCCGGACCCAGCCAGGCGGCAGCAUGCGCCAACCAGAUGUAUGUGCUCGAUCAGCUGUCGACGCACGUCGGGUAUAUCGUCUCGCAAGCCGUCCGACAGCAGGGGCGCGGAAGGGCAAACCGAGUCACGAUUGAGCCGUCGGCGCAGGCGGAAGAGGCGUGGGCGAUGGAGAUUAUGGCGCGUGCCCGUGCCAUGGGGGCGAUUGUGGCGUGUACGCCAGGGUACUACAAUGGAGAAGGGAAGGCGGGCAAGGGUGGGAUUGAGGAGCAGAUGAGCAGCGCGCGCAUGGCGAUCUGGGGUGAGGGGAUUGCCAGUUAUGUACAGCGGAUUGAGGAUUGGAGGGGCGAAGGGAAGCUAGAGGGGUUGGAGGUUGCUGCGGUUGAAGAUGUGGCAUCGAGAUGUGUGUUGUAG